AACACACAGCCCGGUUCACAGCCAGCUCGGCCAACGGCAAACCCACGUCGACUACCAGCUUACGCUACGUACAAGCCUAACGAGCUCCGGCUCUAGAGAGAUUGCACCCCAGGUGCCUUUAAGAGCUGCAGCCCCGCCGGUCGGACGCGAUCACCAUCGCUCACUAGCCUCUUCACAGACAGCCUCGGGUUAGGCUUCUCCGAUAACGCCGCCGUCAUGGCGCAUCGACAACAACACGACAAUUACGCGCAGCCGCAGCAGCAAUAUUACGACCAAGGAAGACCACAGCAAAGACAGCAGCAGCAAUACCAGAAUUACGACAACCACUAUGACCAGCAACAAUACUACGACUACGACUACGGCUAUGACCAGGGCGGCAAUGAGCAAUGGAAUAAUGGCCAUUAUGACCAGCAGCAAGGAGGGUGGGGCAAUGCGCAGCAGCAAGGAGGCUACCAAGAUGUGAAUGGGUACUCGAGAUCAGCACAGCCAAAUCAGGGCCGCAGACACCCGCCGCAAGACCAGUAUUACCAGGAAGAAGCGUACAAUGAGCCCUACUAUCAGCAACCACCACCCCAACAAGGUCAAGGACGAAGACCACCGCCUCAGAGCCAGCGUCCUCCGCAGCAGCGACAGGAUUCGCGAAGCCGACCAACAGGUCGAGGAAAUGAACCGCCGUCCAACCCACAACAAGGACGUAGUGCGUCGAGACCACCAGGCCUGGAUCGUUCACUCUUUCAACCAACAUCACCCAAGACUCUUGCUUAUGACAACCCCUUUCCGACUUUCCCAACGCAGAAGUCGCAGCAAGGUGGCUCGAAACCUCUCGACCAGAGCAUGGCACAAAUGAACAUCAAGGAUAGCGGAGGACAAGCGAAGCCCGCGGGCUCAUCUGGGCGAGGACAACACAUGCCGCCUCAGAAUCGAGGCCCACCACAGCAGAGGUCGAUGCCUAAUCCCCGGCAGGACUCAGGGCAUUUUGAGGGCCAGGGCCAACGCCCUGUCCCUAACCGGAUGCCAUCUGGACAGCGACCACCACCCAUGAAUGUCGAUGCUGGUAGAGGACAACAACCACAUCGCACAUCGGAUCCCAUGUCGCCUUCGAGGCGAGCUUUCGGCCCAAAUACACAGCGAUCUGCAACGAUGCCUCAUACAACACCAAGUGGAGGCCAAGGGGCCGGCUACAGUGGUCAGCAAGAAUUUGCCGAGCCUGGUGCUGUGUCCGGCUACUAUGGGCCUGUAUCACCAGAUUACAUCCCUCCCAGGCCUUCAACUGCUGGUGGUGUGAAACAAAACGGACCUCCAAUGCAGCAUGGGCAAAGACCUCCCAUGCCUCAGGUGCCACAACAGCAGCCACAGCCGCAAUACCAGCCUCAAGCCCCGAACCAGCAGCAACAGGCUCACAGCGAAGAACAAGGGCUAGACAACUUUUACGAUGACUAUUAUGGACAGGAAGACUCAGCGAUAGAUAUGCCCAAUUUUGAUGCUAUCCCGGAAACCAACAACAGGCAUCGGAGAGGCGAUUCAAUUGACAACCACUUAUCCCCGUCCCAUGAUCUGAGCGCUUACGCUCCGCCAGCUGCUUCUCAAGAUAUGGGGCAUAAUAACCCCCAGGGGCAGAUGCAGCGAAGCCGGUCACAACCUGAUCUCAACGGGCAGUAUGCGAAUGGUGUACACGAAAUGGCUGCAGAUGCCCCGCCAAUGCCAGGUGUGCCAAGAGCAAACACCGGCUUUGGAGGACCCAAUGGUUUGCCAAAUGGCGUUCGAGGACGACAACCGCCUCAGAGGGGCAUGGCGCCUGGUGGCAUGCAGGGCGGACCACCUCAUCAAGGUCCAAUGCAUGGCCAACCGCCCAAUAUGGACCCAAGAUAUGGGCGUCCUCCACCUGGGCCCCAGAGGGUCUACUCAGACGACACUACCUACUCAGAACCACCUCCGAACACAAUGAGGAACUUCGCGUCGCCCGCACCCGGAAACCCUAUCCAACGACCAGGAACAGCUGCACCCGCACCAAGUCGCAAUCCGAGCGACCCAAUGGGCAGAAGACCUGGUACUACUCAACCGCAGUCGAACCCAGAUACACUACCGGCGCAUCCAAUGCCUGUACGACAAGGCCUCAUGCAGCAACAGCCACAGGUACCGCAGCCCCAAGCACCUCAAAAUGCAAGGCCACCACCCGUCAGACAAUACAACAGUGAACCUGGGCGUGCCAGCUACGAAAGCAACCCAUCCACACAGCGUCACAGUGGACAAGGUGCAGUGUCACACCCUGUUACCUACGAUGAGCUCAACAGAUUGCGCAACACAUUUAAGCAAAAUCCGGCCGAUGUUGUUACGGGUCUGAAACUAUCGAAAAAGCUUGUAGAAGCAUCGAGCGUACUUAUCGACGAAGGAGGCACAGCUGACUCUAGGACAAAGAACAAAAAUCGCGAGAAGUUUAUCCUCGAGGCUCACAAGAUCAUCAAGAAGCUAGUCAGCAAUGGUUCCCCAGACGCCAUGUUCUAUCUCGCCGAUUGCUACGGGCAAGGAUUGCUUGGCCUGCAAGUAGAUACGAAAGAAGCGUUCACGCUCUAUCAAUCUGCUGCAAAGGGUGGCCAUGCUGCAAGUGCUUAUCGAACAGCCGUUUGCUGCGAGAUGGGCCAUGAGGAAGGCGGUGGCACCAAGAAGGAUCCCCUCAAAGCCGUACAGUGGUAUAGACGUGCUGCUGCAUUAGGAGACACACCUGCGAUGUAUAAGAUGGGCAUGAUUCUCCUCAAGGGGCUCCUCGGCCAACAGAAGAACUUCGGCGAAGCCAUCAACAUGCUCAAACGAGCCGCUGAUCGAGCAGAUCGAGACAAUCCUCACGCGCUCCACGAAUUGGCACUCAUCUACGAAGCGCAAACCGGCAAUGAACGCGUCAUACGCGACGAGGCAUAUGCAUUAUCGCUCUUCCACCAAGCAGCUGAUCUCGGCUACAAGUUCUCUCAAUUUCGUCUCGGACAAGCCUAUGAAUACGGACUUCUGGGCUGCCCUAUUGACGCGCGCACGAGCAUAGCUUGGUACACUAAAGCAGCUGCUCAGGAAGAACACCAGAGUGAACUCGCACUUUCGGGCUGGUACCUCACGGGUACAUCUGGUAUCCUCGAGCAAAGCGAUACUGAGGCUUAUCUCUGGGCACGGAAAGCAGCGUGCGCAGAGCCACCACUACCAAAAGCGCUUUUCGCCAUGGGCUACUUCACCGAAGUGGGCAUAGGCUGCCCACGGAGUUUGGAUGAGGCGAAACGGUGGUAUGGACGGGCUGCAGCGUAUAAAUUUCCCAAAGCUCAAGAGCGACUUGAAGAACUCAAGCGUGGUGGAAGCAAAGUCCAGAUGAAGCGAGAACGUCUUAGUCGGACAAACCAGAAACAACAGGAGGAGAAUUGCACCGUCAUGUAAAGGUCUGUCGUGCUAUCAUCUGGAUGGGUUUCUCUCUCGCAUUGUUCAUGUGCAUCUGUUUAGUCCUGCUGGCGUUUGGCAUGGCGUU